AUGUCGAGCAACAGCGGCAAUUCAGGCUCGCUCUCAGACGAGGUCGCUAUCGCCGCCCUGGUCAUCUCGACCCUGGCCUUGCUGGGCGUCGUGCUGCAAUAUGUCCAGGCUGUCAUGUCGCGCGUGACUGGGCUCGCGAGCCGUGACCGAGAGGUUGCCGGCUUGUGGGCCAACCACACAAAGCUCAAGUGGCGCGGCUUUUUCCGUAUCGACGUCGAGUUCGAGGCCCCCAUCAUCUUCCUCGCCCCAAGUAACAACACAAAGGGCCCCGUCGAGGGCGCCCCCAUCUGGUUCGUCAAGGGCACAAACGAAAGCCGUGACGAGACGAGGGUCAAGAGGCUGCCAAGCGACCCCGAGACGGCCGCGCUCAGGAAGACAUCGCGGAGCCGCUCCGGCCUCACCCGCGAGCCCGUGCACACCGUCAAGAACGAGCUGGCCACCUGGAUACGCGUCCUCGAAGCCGCCCAGAAGAUGGAAGGCGACUCCAAGAAAUGGGAGAGGGAGAAGUGGCACCAGACCGGAAUGCAACUCCCGGCCUUCGAUGACCGUGUCGUCACGCUGUCCAUUAACAUCCAGGCCAUGAGGCGCAGCUUCGAGAAGCACCCCACCAUCAAGAAACCAUUUGCCACUACCACCAUCUGCCACCUCGUCGAGCUGUGCGCCGUCCUGGGCAUCUACUGGAAGGAGUUUGACCGCGACAACAACAAGUACCGCGCGGAGGGCAACGGCUACAGUCUGCUGGGCCUUCGCAUGCCCGACCUGGGCCUGGCCUUUACCUUUGAGAAGCCGGGAUGGCCACGGUUCGACAAGAACCGCGUCAUUCCCACCGCCGAGGUAAAGGAGCUCUGCUUUGGCAACGUGCCCACCUUCUACCGCCCCGAAAUCGAAGACGAGCACUGGAAGCAACCGGUGAACGAACAGACCGACCUCAAGACGCUUCAGCUGGGGAGCCGCGUCGAGAUUGCCGAGACCCUGAGUCUCCUGCGUUGCAACGAAUACACGACCCAGUGUUAUUCCGAAGACACCAAGAAACAUGUCCACCUUUUCCCAGUCAUCUUCGAAGUCAUGGGCAUGCUGGCUCGACCGCUCCAUCUGGAAGACAGGGCAUUCACGUAUCUGCCCAACCCAGCCGUGUUCCCGUUCAGCAAGCAGGCUUUCUCGCUGCGGAGACUCCUGAAGGAGUUCAGCAUUCGACUGAUCGACGAAAUAGAGCUUGCCAGCUACGCGCCCCCGGACGCCCUCGUGGAAAUCUCCAACCGCGCCAGCAAGCUCAACCGCGAGCUUCCCCAACAAGACGGCGACUUUUCUCCGACCCUAUUGAACGGCCUGCACAAGGUCAUCAACGACGUCGAUAAGUCGGUUUUGAGCGAAGAGCGCAACGCCAAGGACGUUGUUCUCGAUGUCCUUCGCCGGCACGUCCAAGAGGUCUUGCUUGCCAUCAACACGUCGUUGAGAGACAUUGAACCAGGCGAUGCUAGCUCGGUGGCGUCUGUGAGACAGCGUCCUAAUCUGCACGGUGACCAGGAGAUCAUCAAGGGAGAUAUCUCGUUUGAUGACUUGCUCAAGGUGCCCCACGAGAAGCGCGAAUCUUCUCUGAUGGACAAGUACUUUGACGAGGUGCGUCUGCGUACCGUGAGCACGUCAGCACAGCACCACGACCCACAGGCAGCCGAGGCAUCGCGUCUCAUCCACAGCCAGGAGGGGACCAACCCCAACCCGCUCGGGGUCCAACAACAGGCCCUGGCAGAAGAGCGCGAAGAGGACGAUGGCAGGGCUCCGGAGCCAACAAAUGCCGCUGCUACACCAACGCCAUCCUUGCCCCGUAGCCAGUCGUCACCCGAUUCGGGAAGUCAGUUCCCUGCCCACAGUCGCCGCCAGACCGGCUUCACCAUGAGAAGCCGCGCCGAGUCGUGGCGGAAGAUACCGCCCACCUCGACCGAGAUCCGGCGCCACACUAUCUGGUGUGCUCUCGUCUUUCGCAUGAUCUGCUGGCUGCUGCUGCAUGAUUUUGACAAGAAAGACGUUCAGCUCCCCAAGAGCGAGCUGAUGGGGAGCCGAUUAGCUGCCUUCAUUAUGUGA